UGAAGAGCGUGCUGGUCCUUUUCCUCUCCCCAGCUCUGAAGAUCAUUGCUGUUCAGUCAGUGCACUCUCAUGCACGAUGGACCUGAUAGAUGUGCUGCUAAUGACCCUUUCCUUAAUGGCGAUCAGAAAAGUCCAGGCAAAGCCAACCGGGUCUCCUGCCAUUGGAAAUAGCACUGAAGGCAGCCCAACUGCAGAGCCAGAAACACGGAAGCUACGUUUGGUGGAUGGAAGAAGCAACUGUUCCGGCAGGGUGGAGGUUGAAUAUAACGGUACCUGGGGCACCAUAUGUGAUGACAACUGGGACCUGGCUGAUGCUGGCGUUGUGUGCCGGCAACUGCAUUGCGGUUGGGCUCUUCAGGCUCCUAUUGCCUCUCAUUUCCAGAAGGGGACAGGCCCCAUCCAUUUGGAUGAAGUGAAGUGCUUGGGGAAUGAGUCUUUUUUGUGGGACUGUCCAUUCGAGAGGAACCAUGACUGUGGACACAAGGAAGAUGCCGGUGUAAUAUGUUCAGAGCACCAGGAGUGGCGGCUGUCAGAAGGGCUAGAUGCUUGUGCCGGCCGAGUGGAGGUUUAUUACCGGGGCACCUGGAACACUGUGUGUGAUGGUAACUGGUACCAGAAUGAGGCUGAUGUGCUCUGUCACUCAUUGAACUGCAGUCAGAAGGCCUCAGUCACGAGAGUGCCUUUCAACCACACGCUGAUGGGCAAGAUGUUCUAUGACUGCUUUGGAACGGAAAAGUCACUCGCCAGCUGCACCUGGCUCUACAACAAUAGCAAUGUGUGUGCUGCCCAGUUUGCAGCUGCUGGUGUGAUCUGCAAUGGCUCACAGGGUUUGGCGGGCCCUGCAAACACACAAGCGACAGAAGCAGUGACUCCAGUCUCCCACCUGACCAGUCCACGUUGGACUGCACCUGAGAACUUAGAUGUUCGACCAUCAUACCAGAUACUGCAAAUUCUCUGCAUCGUCCUGGGUCUUCUCCUUUUCUUGGCCAUUCUGACUCUAAUUGUCACCGUUUUGCGACACAGGCGAAGGGAAAACGGUACCAUUGAUAGUGCCAAUCCCUGUGCCUCAACAGCUGCCCCCAUCCUUCUAAAUCACAGCAUGCAAGUCUCAGCCACUCGAACACGCAACAACUAUCAGCAAGUCCCCACAAGCCUCCCCAAAGAAGAAGCAACGGCAGUGCUGCCAACACCCCUUAGUGAAGACUCUGAUUCCGACUACGAACACUAUGAUUUCAACAGCAAACCACCUGUGCAACUGUCUACCUUCUACAAUUCUCUUCGAAACCGAGUGACUGAUGAAGACCCUCCCCGUUACAAUUUUGCAAUGCCAGCUAUGCACGAGGAGGGGGACAACAAGCACCCCACUUCAGAGGCCUAUCCACAGGCAGGUGAGAGCCUUUCUGUACCUUUCUGGAGUCCAUGGUUUUCUCCAGCAGGACCUGCAGCUGAAGACAGUGACAGCACCUCUUCUGGAGACGCAGACUGGUAUGAGAACAUCCAGAAACCAGAGCAACAGGAAAGCCAUCCAGGAAACGAGCCUUCCUUUGGAGGUUCGACAACUUCCCCAAGACCUUUGGUGAACUGCAAGGCUGGGCCUGGGAACAGCUCAUUUGACAGCAGCAGCGAUUAUGAUGACAUGUGGGCCUAAAGGGCGGGGAUGCAGCUGGGAUGAUGCUGUUCCAUCUGUCGUCAGCAACGCCUCCAUCAGAAACAGCCAAGGGUGAUGGCAAGGCUGAGAACGAAAGCAACCUACCUGUUCCCAUAGUCUGGGCCUCAAGGAUCCAGCAUUUUGGAAGAAGACCAAUUCCCACAAAGAUACAUGGGAGAUACUCCAUUCCCAGGACCAACUAGAAAUUUGUUGCAGUCACAGAGCCGUGUGUUUAUUCUGCCUGAGAUUUCCAACUUGUGCUAUUGAGAAAAUAACUAUGGGGGGGGGGGGUGAAGAAAAGAACUGAGGUCUCAGAUAGAUUUCCUUUCCCCAGUUUGUAUGGCCAGCCGGCAGUGCACUGUCACAAAACAGUUGAUACACUGAUAUUCCUACAGCCUCAGCAGGCUGACUUCUAGCUUCAAAAUCCAAGCAGCUGAGGCAGAAGCUUCCAGCAAUAAGCACUGGCCAGUCCCUUGAAUGGUGUUACAUCACCAACACAGACUUCCCCUGAGGUGCUACCAAGGAUGGGGCUAAAACAAAGUCCUCGCUCUAGGAACCAGAGCCUCUCUGACAAUUUCUUCCUUGGGGAGAGCUCUUAGUUAAAUGCUAGGGUUUCUUGCAUAAGGAUGGGAUGCUUUCAUGAUGGGGUUAGUCAAAGCUAUUCCACCUGAAGUAAGCCAGAACUGCUGUUCCAGGGGCUCUGCUUUCCUCCUCACUGUGGGGAAUGGAGCACUGAUUGCUGGGACUUGCCCCAACUCACAGCAAUUUUAGCUUUAUGCUCUGGGGCAUGUAAAGGCCUGUGAGCUCCUGAGAUGAAAGGAGGACAGCAGUUCCUUUGGCUACGGAAGCAAAUUUGGGGAAGAACCAGAGUUCAGCUGGCAGCAAAGAGCUUUGCAUGCAGUCAGGCCCAGAUGCAGUCCUUGGUGUCUCCAGUUCAAAGCAUCUCAGGUAACUAGGCUGGGAAGGACCUUGGCUACGUAGACACCCUGGAGAGUUGCUGAUGCUAGGCUAGAUGGACCAGCGUUCUGACUAGAUAUAAGGCAGCUUUGUGUAUGGUCUAAGGCCAGGGCUGAGAAACCUGUGGGCCACUGAAGAACUCUGACUGCCAGCCAUGCUGGCUGGGGCUGAUGGGAACCCUGCAACUUCCAGAAAGCCACACACAGCAAUGACAGCUGCUCUAUGUGUCUGGGAGUAUACUGUCUGGGUUAACUGUAAGGCCCCCCCAAAGCACUUUGUGUUGCACUGUAGCCAGGACUGGAAGCAUCGAAUGGGAGGAAUGAAUGUAUCUGAUGAAACCCAAGCACAGGCACCUUCUAUUUAGUAAGAGAGUUGCAUUCUACUGAAGCAGGGAUCAAAUUCGUAUUACUCAUCCCAGCAUGGUAAGGUAGACGGUGGCACUUUUGUAAUGAUGGCAAUUUGAAUAUCUGCUUUUCAUUCUCCUUACAGAUUUUGGAAUUGGAGGUGCAGCCUGUGAGGGAGGGGUAGGGGGCUACUGGGCACCCAGAAGCCAUAAUCAAGAGCUAGGCAGCGACUACUGUUUGGGCUCUACCAGUCUCUGGCACUCGUUGUCUGUGAGGUUCUCAAAGGCUCUGGCUGGUCCAUGUCUCUUCUAGAUCUUCAUAAGAGAGUCUUAAGUAGAGCAAUCCUGAUUUACGUCUAUGCUAGAGCAGGGAGGCAUUCCAGAGAUUGGCUUGUAGAGUCAUCCCCACAUCCAUUGCUAUGCCAUUAUUGCUGCAGGCAGUGCGGGAGAUGGGGGCAUCCUGUUUGUCUUCCCUCCCAUUAACUACAAUAGAGGGGGUUAAUUGCACCAGCCCCAGGGGCUGCUGUGGUGUUUCUCCAUUUCUGUGGAUGUGUUGGGGAAAAUGUGGCAUAUCUGUGUCUAUGUCCAACUUGUCCUGUUUCCACUCCCACCAGCGGAACAUCUGUGCUCUUCACUGGUGUUCCAGGGCCUUUCUAGCAAUCUAAUGCCAUUCUGCCAGCAAAAUUCUGUCUCUGCCAGCAGAGAGAGACUUCAUGUUAUGCCAUUUUCCAAGGCUCCUCAGCCAGCUCUAUGGUGGGGUUAGGUUUCUUCCCUUUGUUGAAAAAUGAAAUGUGCUUUGAUGUCUACGCAUAAGAAUGAAAAGAGUGAAUGUGACAAAUGUGUACCGUGCAUGCUAUUUAUUUUAUAAUAAAAAUAUUUUUUAUGCUGCAUUUCAUCAAAAAGGGAUUCCACAGCAUUUUACAACAGGACCAACAAUAAAAAUUCACACAAAAUUUAAAAAGAGAGAGGCAAUCAAACAGCAA